AUGGAGUGGACAUUGUCUGUCCUCAUCUUUCUCACUGGCCUGUGUACUCUUACCUUCUGCCUUCCUCGCCAGUACCACUUCAUCGGUAGAACCCUGCCCUGGUCAGAUGCCCAGACAUACUGCAGAGAGCGGUACACUGACUUGGCCACGGUGAACAAUAUAGAGGAAAUGAACCGACUGGUUAACACAGCUCAGGACUCUACUGGAGGCUACACUAAGAAGGCCUGGAUUGGGCUGCAUGAUAACCUCACCAGCUGGAGGUGGUCAUUGUCAGACAGCCGUUACUACAGAGACAAAAAAGACAAGUACAGGAACUGGGAUUUUAGUCAGCCUGACAACUUCCUCGGAAACCAGAUGUGUGUGAAGAUGUGGAGCACAGGGGUGUGGGAGGACUCCCAGUGCAACCUGAGACACCCUUUCAUCUGCUACGAUGGUCUAAAUUCAUAUUUAUCCUCAUAA